AUGUCUCCCAUCCAGUUCAAGUUUACCAAACCUCCCGAUGGUCUUGUUCGGCGCGUUACCUUCCAGGACAAGCCGUCCUGGAAUGAGCUCGCUACCAAGCUCCAGUCUCUCUACAACAUCCCAGUCCAAAGCAUCGGGGUCUCGUACGUUGAUAACGACGGCGACGAUGUAACCCUCAGCUCCGAAGAGGAACUUCUGGACUUCUACCAGGCCGCCUCUACGCAGAGGAGGGACGGGCCCCUUACGCUCGUCAAAUUCACUGUCCGGGACCUCGACGCCCUGCGCAGCGAUAAGCCGCUCCCGGAGACACCCCGCACGUCCGGCCUGAACUAUCGCAACACGUUCGGGCGGUCUGCACCCGUUCUCUUUGAGAUGGAAGUCGACGACGGAUGGCAGCCCAUCCCCAGCGGUCUCGCCGGGCUCUUCAACGGCGCGGUCCCUACCGGAGACAUUCCCCACGCGUUCGUCGAAGUACUCGAUAGCGACACUGGUUCCCAAUCACAAGAGAAGGACAAGGACACCUUCCGCACGACCACCUACACCGACUCUACCUUCCCUGAGAUCAACCCGUCCCCGACGGCCGACAAGGGGAAAGCACGGGCGCGCACGGAGGACCUCACCUCGGACACCGACACCAUCUCCUCCGACCAGUCCGUCGUCGCCGAGGAAAGCGGGAACAAGCACCCCAUCCACGUCUAUAAUGCUAAGAAGCGUAGUGUGGACAACGUCUUCGGCGUCACUAGGUCUCGCAGCCAGAGCCGUUCUGCUACGGCUCCGCGGACCCCCACCCCUCGGACAAAGACGCCCGCCGCAGCGACAAACGCGCCCGCAGCGGGCGCGCAGGCGGACGACCCCCCGCUCCCCGAUCUCAACGACAUGCCCGCUCCCGACGCCAACAUCGCCCACGACGUCGCGAACCUCUUCGGCAUGCUCUCCGGCGUUCUGGCUUCGCACCCCGAACUCUCAGAGGGUAUUCGCAACAUUGUCCGGAACGCUUCGAAUGGUACGUACUGGCACGGCCAACAGGACUCCGUCAUGCGCGCUGCGGAGGAGAUCCGCCGCAGCGCCCUCAUCGGCGCAGACGAAAUGCGUCGGGUCGCUCUCGACGGCCGGCGCUCUGCCGAAGAGGUUGCCGGACGCAGAGUCGCGGACGCAUUGAGCAACGUGAUCCGUGUCAUUGCAGAUAUCACAGGUACGCUCGCCGCGGACCCGCCAGCCAAUGCUGCGCCGAACGACAUCACGACGUCGACACCGAUCGCUGAGCGCGACCCCUUGGGCGGUGCUCGACGCUGGGGUGGCCCAUGGGGGCCAGGCCUCGGCGGUCCCCGCGGCCGCGGAGGCUUUGGUGGACGUGGCCGCGGAGGUCACGGUCAUCUUCAUGGCCACCAUGACUCCAUGGGUUCAUGGGGUACGUUUGGAUCGCGUUGGGGUGACUGGGCCGACCCGUCGUCUCGUGGGUCUAUCCCCUUCUCGUACUUCUCUCCCCCUCCCGGACCACCGCCUCCUCCCGGGCCACCGCCUCCUCACGGCCGCCCUGAACGCGCACCAGGCCCGCCGCCACCGCCCGGGCCCCCUCCUCCCCCGGGUGGUGCGCCGCCGCCGCCGCCACCACCACCGGGCGGCCCACCACCUCCUCCUCAUAUGGGAGUUCCCCCACCUCCCCCGCCACCCCAUUUCCCUGGUCCCGCCGGCAUGUUCGGAUUCCCCGGCAUCGCUCCCCCGCACCAUCACCGUCACCAUUCUUAUGAUCAUUUCGGACCACCUUUCGGUCGGCCAGACCAUCACCAUCCCGAGUCGGGUGAGUGGGCAGGCAGGGGUGGAUUCGGUAUGCGCCCCCCUCACUUUGGUGGCAGGGGCGGCCGCAUCCCACCCAUCGACGCUGAUUGGGCCGACACCGUCCCACUCCUUCCGCCUGCACCCCCAGGUGAGGCUAACGGGGACGCCGAGGUGACUAUGUAUGGUGCGUCCCCGGUGGACUCGUCGGAGAGCGCCAAGAAAUCUCUGCAGGCUGCAAAGGACCACUACCUCGCUGAGAAGGAGCGGUACCGCCGCAUCAGGGAGGAGCGCAAGAAGCGGAAGAUGAACGUCUCGACCGACAGCGAGAUGCGCGAUGUGCACGACAGCCCGACCACCCCCAACGACGCCCCUGAGCCACCCGUUCGUCCCGCGGGCGAGCCCUCGCCCAUCCAACGCCGUAACACCGUCGACGACCAGGCGCAGAUCAUCAGCAACGCUCGGGGCCCGUUCCCCCAGCUGCAGCUCUACCCCGUUCCCCGCAGGUCUCACACCAUCCACGGCGCCGGGCACGCCCGCGACGCCUCCUUCGGGUCGAUUGCACCCCCUCCCGCGACCCCGCGCGCCGUGAGUGCCAUCACGACACGUUUGAACGACAUGGGUUUCACCGCUUCGCAGUAUCCGGCAUUGGCCGCCAGGGUCGAGGCACGCGUGGCCCGGUCGGGGGAGGUGAGCCAGGACCGCGAGGACACCAUCGUCGCUGAGAUCGUGGAGGAGCUCGUGCAGAGCUCGCCCCCUCCUCGGGCGCCCCAGGCGUCCGGCUCCGGCUCCGGUCAGAGGGCAGACUGAGCUCGUCGCCCGCGAGGCUCGAGCGAGAGGUGUAAGAUGUGCGCCGCGCUGAUAUGCUUAAGGCUUCACUUAUCGACGGACUGUUUUGUACGAGUACGACUCUCCCCCCGGCUGGAUAUGUUCUAAGGUAGUAGUACGUUUCUCCUUUUCUGUAAAACUCCCCAAACUCCCUCUUCGCUAUCGUAGUCAAGGUAGGUCUUUUAUUUUCCAAUAAAAUGGCUGCCCAUCGUGGGUGGCCGGCAAAUAUACGUGUAUUCUAUUGUACAA